GCCGGUACAAAAAAAACUAUCAAAGACAUUCUCCGUCAUUCUUCUGCCUUGUUCCGCAGCGUGUGUUUGAUUUUUAUUUUAGAUUAUUUUAAGUCUUAUCAGCAAGUCUAGAAAAACGCCAGUUUUAGGGCGUUUUAUAAUCAUCUGGAAGCUGUAAGAGUGGAAUUGUAUUAGAAAAAAUGAAGUGUUUUCUCCUAAUUUUACUUGCAAGCUGCUUAUCAGUUUCCCUCGGCCAUGAGGAGUUUGUUCACACAAUUCAGUUGACAAGUGAAAAUUUUAGCAAAGAAAUAAAGGAAAGCAACUUCUUUGUGAUGUUCUUUGCACCAUGGUGUGGACACUGCAAGCGCUUGGCACCAACAUGGGAACAACUGGCUGAGAUGUUGAAUACAAAAGAGGGCUCAAGGGUGAAAAUUGGGAGAGUCGAUUGCACAGAGGAGGACAGUGUGUGUUCAGCCCAUGAGGUCACGGGGUAUCCCACACUGAAAUUCUUCAAAUUGGGUGAAACGGAGAGCAUAAAAUUCCGUGGUACACGAGACUUACCCACUCUGACCACCUUCAUUAAUGAGCAAUUGGGUGAGACUGAGAAGAAGGAGGAGGAAGAAGAGGAGAAGCCUGAUCUCCCUGAGGCCACACAAGGGCUUCAGGAACUCACAGAUGAGACUUUUGGGAAAUUUGUAGCAAGUGGGAAGCAUUUUGUAAAGUUUUAUGCUCCAUGGUGUGGACACUGCCAAAAGCUCGCACCCACAUGGACUGAACUGGCUAAGGCGCUCGAACAUGAGAAAGCUGUAUCAAUCUCGAAACUCGACUGCACCCAAUACCGACCAAUUUGCCAAGACUUUGAAGUAAAGGGCUACCCUUCAUUGCUGUGGAUUGAAGAUGGAAAGAAGGUUGAAAAGUACUCAGGAGCUCGUUCCUUGGAAGAACUCAAAGCCUACGUGGACAAAAUGGUGGGGAAGGAAGCCGCUAAGGUAGCUGAAAAGGCUCCAGAGGAAACUAAAGAGGAAUCUCCUCAGGUUGCUCUUCAACUAACAGGCAGUACAUUCGAUCAUGCCAUCGAGACCGGAGUGACCUUUGUCAAAUUCUUUGCCCCAUGGUGUGGACACUGCAAACGUCUUGCUCCCACGUGGGAAGAACUCGCCGUGAAAUUCGUUGGCAACAGUAAUGUGAAAAUUGCCAAGGUUGACUGCACCGUGGCUGAUAACAAGGAAUUGUGUUCAACUCAGGAAGUUGAUGGAUUCCCAACGCUGCAUUUAUACAAAGCUGGUGCCAAGUUGGAGGAGUACAAUGGUUCCCGCACCCUUGAUGCUCUCUACCAAUUUGUAGCGAAGCACGAUAAGGGGCACGAUGAGUUGUAAAGAGCGUGAAAGUAUACAGAGAAUUUCGGUUGUAUACUUAAUGUAUAUUUUGGAGAUUUUAUCAAUCCUCCUCCUAGGCUUCCUCGAGAGACCAUAAUGAAAAAUUCCAGGAGAAGUCCUCAUUGAAACUGAUACAUUUUCUUUGUAAAAAAAAACAAUUUACAAACCAAUAAAGUGUAUUAAAUAAAA